AGUGUGAUCAUCAUCAAUAUCUUCUUGCCGUCUCAUUUACGAAGUUAGCUCACCUAGCUUCUUCUAUAAUAACCGGCCUUCUUUGUAAUAAAGAAAACCCCAAUUGCAUCAAUGAAGAGGCAGAGACGUGUAGAUCAUGGUGGUGGUGCUACCGCGGAAGCUCCAAAGCUUGACGCUGCAACAAUGUCAAUGCCGAGCAAGAAGCCCCAGAUCAGAGCCGCUGCCAAGGUGAAAGAAGAGGCGGCCAUCAAAGUGGAAAAUGUGAGUCUUGAUGGUGGAAACGAUCAAAUGGUGGCGGCUCAGGUUGCGAUGGCGGCGGCGGAGGAGGAGAAUUACUCGUGUAGUCAUGGGUCAGUUUGGUUGGAUGAGCAAAUGUCAUGGGGGUCAGUUUGGUCACCAUUGUGGGAUGUGGAGUUCAUGGGUGAAGCACACUAUGGAUUGUUUAGUGAUCAUGUGGUUUGGGAUGAUGAUAUUUGGGGAUUAAGGACCACCAGCAAGGAGAUUCCAAUUUCGAACCGAUGAGAGUGACAAUUGAUACCUUAUCAGAUCAAUAAUUCUGCUUUUGUAUAAGAUCUUUUUCCAUAGAAGGAAAAAAUAGUAUGUGGCUGUAGAAAAAUUGGAGUUAUGUAGUAACAUCUGGUGUUUGUAU